AUGACGGACGAAAACUCAAACCAAACAGCCGAUGCAGCAGCACCCUCCCCGGCUAGAUUGAGGGCCGAAGCCCGGAAGCAGAAGAUUCUCUCAAAAGGAAAUGAUCGACUGGCUAAGAUCACUGGGGCAAUGAAAAGUAGCCACACCUACCCUCAUUCAGAAACCGAAAAGGUCUCAACUGAACCACCAGACGUGGAUAUCUCCAAAUUAGAUUCAACCGAUGUACCACCGAACUCUUCAAGUGCGGCCAGCAAGCAUCCCUCAUCAUCAGCCAGCAUGAACCAGAAGAAGAGCCUAACAGAACAACCGACAAGACCACUGCGCCCAGAUCCGUCGAUCAAUUCCUCGAUCCCACCCAACGCAUCAGACCCAAUGCUGCAGAUGAUGAAGGCGAUGGGACUAGAGCUGCCCAACCCGGGCAGCCUGCCUUCCGAUCAGAUGUUUAGUGCUGAGGGAGGUGCCCCGAACCCGAUGAUGCAGCAAGCGUUUGCCGGCUUGAGUGGGAUGCAGAUGGCCAACCAGGGAGCGAGAGAGAAGACAUGGGUCGACCGUAUCUUCCCCCUACUCAAUCUGCUCACAGUCGUCGGCCUGGUCGUCUCGGCUGUUCUGUGGUGGAAUCCGCUGUCGAACUAUUGGAGGCUGCUCCAAGGAUCCGGCUCAAUAGCCGAUGGCUCGAAGGUCGAUCUGAAGGCGGAAUGGGAGGCGCUCUAUCCCUCCGGCUCCACUCCUGCAGUCCGUCAAGCUCUCGGACCCGCCCCGGUGUUUUGGAUGUUUGUGACGAUCGAGCUGGCUCUCCAGGCUACCAGAUGGAUGUUUAACUGGGGAUCUGGAUCGCCCCCGGGCUUGCUCGAUACCCUCAUACUUUCCUUGCCGAGACCGUACUCGACUCUGGCAUCGACGGCGAUGAAGUACUUUGCGAUCACCAGCAGCUUGAUCGACGACCUUUGCCUCUUGAUCUUUGGCGUCGGCUGUGCGGUUCUUUGGCUCGAGUGGAAAGAUCUGACCGACCAUAGUCUGUUUAGUUUGUUCCAGCCUAAUUAAGACCUUUUGUGUAUUCUUACUGCCUUACGCGUACAUCCCUUGGGAAAAAACACACACAUUCACACACA